AUGGCGCGCGCGUCGACGCGACGCGACGCUCGCGGCGCGCGCUCGGACGCGUCGCGACGACGCGCGACGACGCGCGACGACGCGGCGUCGACGAAUCUUUUCGUGCCGCUGGCGGUCGUCGGCGCCGUCGCGUUCGCGCUGCUGCGACGCGCGCUCGGACGCGGCGGCGCGCCGGCGACGACGCGAAAAACGCCGACGAAAGCGCCGUCGAGCGCGUCGCGCGCGGCGACCGCGGCGCUGCCGAGACACGCGCGGAGCAACAACAAGAAGAACAGGGCGCGACGCGCGGGAAAGCGCGAGCUCGCCGAGGCGCGACGACGCGAGGAAGACGUCGCGAGGGCCAAAAGCGAGGCAAAGGCGCGAAAGGGGAACGACGUGCCGAAGGAUAAGGACGUCGUCGGCGGUGAGGCCGGUAAGACGUUUACCACGACGUCGCACGUCAAGACGUCCGCGUGGGCGCACGAUAUCGACGCUCGCCGCGCGAGCGGCGCGUAA